AGAAGGGGACAUCUGCGGAAAUCGGAAGGCAGAAGACCAGCAGAGGAAAAGAAACCCCCAGCAGGUGGAAACAAGAUCCAGAGCAAACCAGUCGGAUCCACAGUUGUUUUUCUGCAAGAGAAGUGCCAGACGAUUGCCCUUUUCCCCUUCAGUGAAUGAAAAGUACUUUUACCCUCUUAAAAGAAAAGGCAAAGGGGAGAGAAAAAUCUGUUUUCUUAAGGGGAGAGCUGAGGGAAAUCCAGACUAUCUCUUUUCGAAGCGUCUGAAAUAAGCCACUGCCUGGUACACAUUGCAGAACCAUCCCGCUUUCUGAAGAUCUACAUCCCUCCCGGGAGAAUUCCAGCCGGAGGAGCUGGUACAGUUUUAUUUUUGUAUUUAAAUAUCUAUGUCUAUUCUUUCCCCUCCCUUUUAACAACAACGUUCCUUGUUCGUAAGCACGAGUGACGAGAAAGUGUCCAUACAGAGUAGAAACAUAUUUCCAUUUUCUCUUUUACCUGCCUGUGUCUUUCUAAAGAGGAUAGGGGUGGUCCUUAUUUUGAAAAAGGACAUUUUCAUUGGAAAGGCUCGCUCUGUAAAUAUAUUUACACCCAUUCGUAUUUAGAGAGAGAGAUACCUUUUGGAGGUUGAACUCCUGAGAAAGAUGGAAAAAGGAGCCAGGCACCGAAACAACACUGAAAAGAACCAGCCAGGUGGGAGCGAGUCAGAGACGGGGUCCGAAGAGGGCGGAGUAGGCCUGAAGAAGGAGAUCGGAUUGGUCAGUGCCUGCGGUAUCAUUGUAGGGAACAUCAUUGGCUCUGGAAUCUUCGUCUCGCCGAAGGGUGUGCUGGAGAAUGCCGGCUCCGUGGGCCUCGCUCUUAUCAUCUGGAUCGUAACGGGUCUCAUUACAGCUGUGGGAGCCCUUUGCUAUGCUGAACUCGGGGUUACCAUCCCCAAAUCUGGAGGUGACUACUCCUACGUCAAGGAUAUCUUUGGAGGAUUGGCUGGGUUCCUGAGGCUGUGGAUUGCUGUGCUGGUGAUUUACCCCACGAACCAGGCUGUCAUCGCCCUCACCUUCUCCAACUACGUGCUACAACCACUCUUCCCCACCUGCUUUCCCCCAGAGUUUGGCCUCCGACUCCUGGCUGCCAUCUGCCUAUUGCUCCUCACAUGGGUCAACUGUUCCAGUGUGCGGUGGGCCACCAGGGUUCAAGACAUUUUCACGGCUGGGAAGCUCCUGGCCCUGGCCCUGAUCAUCAUCAUGGGGGUUGUACAGAUCUGCAAAGGAGAAUACUUCUGGCUGGAGCCAAAGAAUGCAUUUGAUAAUUUCCAGGAACCCAACAUCGGCCUCAUUGCACUGGCUUUCCUUCAGGGCUCCUUUGCCUACGGAGGCUGGAACUUUCUUAAUUACGUGACUGAGGAACUUGUUGAUCCCUACAAGAACCUUCCCAGAGCCAUCUUCAUCUCCAUCCCACUGGUCACAUUUGUGUAUGUCUUUGCCAAUGUCGCUUAUGUCACUGCAAUGUCCCCCCAGGAGCUGCUGGCAUCAAACGCAGUCGCUGUGACUUUCGGAGAGAAGCUCCUAGGGGUCAUGGCCUGGAUCAUGCCCAUUUCCGUUGCCCUGUCCACAUUUGGAGGAGUCAAUGGGUCUCUCUUCACCUCCUCCCGGCUGUUCUUUGCUGGAGCCAGGGAGGGCCACCUUCCCAGCGUGUUGGCCAUGAUCCAUGUGAAGCGUUGCACACCCAUCCCAGCCUUGCUCUUCACAUGCAUCUCCACCCUGCUGAUGCUGGUCACCGGUGACAUAUACACACUCAUCAACUAUGUGGGUUUCAUCAACUACCUCUUCUACGGGGUCACAAUUGCUGGACAGAUAGUUCUUCGCUGGAAGAAGCCUGACAUCCCCCGCCCCAUCAAGAUCAACCUGCUGUUCCCCAUCAUCUACCUGCUGUUCUGGGCCUUCCUGCUGGUCUUCAGCCUGUGGUCGGAGCCCGUGGUGUGUGGCAUUGGCCUGGCUAUCAUGCUGACAGGAGUACCCGUCUAUUUCCUGGGUGUUUACUGGCAACACAAGCCCAAGUGUUUCAAUAACUUCAUCAAGGUGCUAACCUUGGUGAGCCAGAAGAUGUGUGUGGUUGUGUACCCCGAUAUGGGAGGGAGCUCGGAGACAGGGAUGAUGAAUGAAGACACAGAGGAGCAGUGGCAGCCCAUCAACCAACCCAUUGCUUCCAAGGACAAGGACUCAAUGGGAAAGCCCCAGCCCUGAGGACCCCUCUCAGCUGCCUCCUCCCUCCUUCACCCCCUUUCUGCCCUCCUUCCCAGCCUGGGUCCCCCCAACACACACCCCUCUGCUUCUGUCUAGCAGGGGUAGCACGUGGGGUGAGUGGUGAGAAACUAUAAACAAAGACACUGACAUCUGUACCCAAAGAACCAGCCCUUCGCCCCCAGGGCCUGUGUCCAAAACCAGGGCUGCCCAUGCUCCGAGCUGUUAGAGGAGAGAAGAGCUGCAGGAGGGUCCUACAGGGCCCCCCCCAGGCCCACACCCUGGUUGCCUUCUCAGAAACCUCACUUCAGUACUGCCUUCCCUUCCCAUUCCUGAGCUCAAGGCCUCAGCUCUGAGAGAAGUGGCAGCAGCAAGCAACAGUGAGUAGGUUGGGCAGGGACAGACUCAUGCAAAUCUGUCACCAUUAAAAGUCAGCUGGAGAGACCUAUACCCCCUCCCUUCACGAGGGGCCCAAGAAAUCGGAAGUGAUGCUUCCCUCUGCCUUCUUCCCCACCCCUCCCCAC